AUGGCAAGCACAGCCCUCGCUAAGUUCGGCCCUCCUGUGUCGGCCAUUGCGAGGAGAAGCCCGACGAGCUUGCGACUUCUGGUCACUGCUGCUUCCCGACCUUCUCAGGGGAGUGUGGUAGAGGACGCGGCGAGGUCCGUGAACGAGGAGGUGACCGUGGCCGGCGGGCAGGCGAACAAAACUACUGAGAGUCGAGGCAUCGCCGGUGCAUCAGCCAGCCAAGUGGCUGGUAUCGGAAAUAGAGCAGCAGAGAUGGCCCAAGACGCAUGGCAGUCGGCGAAGGAAACCACGAAGAAGGCGGCGAACUUUGUCGCAGGGCGUGCGGCAGACACGAAGGAGAGCAUCAAAGACGACGCUAAUGCCGUCAAGCGCGCCAUGAACGCCGAGAAGAACAGCUAA